UUUUAACUGAAACACUCUUGACAGUUGCAGCUUCCCUUUCACCCCCCAACCCACAACAAACAUGAAAUCAUUCUCUCACUCUCUCUCUCUCUCUCCUUUGCUUAAACCCUAAGAUUAUUUCAUUCAUCUCUAGAUCAAAUGAGAGACAGCAAAAUGUGAGUAGCAAUCCCAUCCCUCCUCUCUCUCUCUCUCUCUCUCACACACACACACACACACACACACACUCAAUGUCCAUUGCAUCCGAUAUUCUGCAAGCAAUUGCGUUUCCUCUUCUUCUCCUAUCAAUCAAUGUUAAUUCUCUGCCAUGCGAAGAUUCUCGCUGCAAAACUGGAUCCUGCAACAGCACCGGUUCUUGCAUUUGCAGUCUCCCCGAUCCUUCCACCAUCUUAGACGGAGAUCGCCCUUUUCUCGGGGGGAGGUUUUGCGAUGAGGAGCAGGUCUUGUGCGACGGGACAAACUCGUUUUGGUGCGAACACGGAGGGAGGUGCGAGGAGAUUGUUCAAGGUGAGAAUUACAGUUGCAGUUGUCCCCCGGGCUACGCGGGAUCGCACUGUGAGCAUUUAGGGGCUCCCUGUGGACGGAUUUUCUGUUUCCACGAGGCCGAAUGCUUGGUUGAAGAUCGCAUUUGUCAGUGCCCGCCCCAUUGGCGAGGAAGCGCCGAUUGCUCUCUCCCAACUUUAACCCCUACAGAUUCUUCAAGAAAUUCAACUGCAACCAGAUUGCCUCAAGACAGAAGUAGCGGCAAUACAAAUUGGGCUGCUGUGGUUUUGGGCAUUUCAUUGUCAGGAGGGGCUGUGGGAGCCAUAGUAUAUGCCAACAAAUUCUUCACCCAGAAGAAGAAGACGGCCAUAGCAAAGUUCCAGCAGCUGUCUCAGAGCCAAAAUCAUGAUUUCUUGGAGGAGGAUGAGGAUGAUUCACAUGUACAUGGUGCCGUCCUAAAUGAUAGCUCACACCUCUAAAAUGCAAUAUUUCUGUCUAUAAGAAACUUUUCCUCUCUAUUCUUGGUUGGGCCAAGUUCUAAUAGGUCUUCUUUGUUUCAUAUUUAAAUUACAUUUGAGGAUGCAAAUCUUGGAAAAAUAAAGCCAAAUUUUACUCAA